AUACCAUAGACAAUAGUAACUGAAGAUAGACAGGGGGGCAGAGAUGGGAAGUGAUGAGUAUCUUCCAUUGUUUGAGACAAGGAGAGCUAAGGGUAGAGUCCUAUACAGGCUCCUUGUGGUCUCUGUGUUUGUGGGCAUAUGCUUGAUUUGGAUUCAUAGAGUGAGUCAUAUACCAAGAAAAGGUGAAGAUGGGAGAUGGGGUUGGAUUGGUUUGCUUGGUGCUGAGCUCUGGUUCGGUCUUUACUGGUUGCUUACUCAAGCCCACCGGUGGAACCCAGUCUAUAGGUGCACCUUCAAGGAUAGGCUCUCUCAGAGGCAUGAAAAGGACUUGCCCAAGGUGGACAUAUUUGUGUGCACAGCGGACCCUGUCAUUGAGCCACCAGUGAUGGUGAUCAAUACCGUUCUGUCAGUAAUGGCAUAUGACUAUCCACCAGAGAAGCUAAGCGUGUAUCUUUCAGACGAUGGUGGGUCAGAUCUUACCUACUAUGCUCUCAGAGAGGCCUCUCACUUUGCUAAGCAUUGGCUACCAUUUUGCAAGAAAUUCAAGGUGGAGCCAAGGUCACCAGCAGCAUAUUUCAACUCAAGUGAUGACCCACUUGAUGCUAAUCAGUCCAAAGAGUUGGUGCUUAUCAAGAAAUUAUAUGAAGAAAUGGAAAGUCGAAUAGAAAAUGAAACCAAGCUAGCUCGAUUCCCAGAAGAAGCACACUCAAAACACAAAGGUUUUUCUCAAUGGGAUUCAUAUUCUUCUCAACGAGACCAUGCCACAAUUCUUCAGAUAAUAAUUGAUGGGAGAGACACCAAUGUCACAGAUAAAGAUGGGUUUGUGUUGCCAACUCUGGUUUAUUUGGCUAGAGAGAAGAGACCCCAGCAUCACCACAACUUCAAAGCUGGAGCUAUGAAUGCAUUGAUAAGAGUGUCAUCAGAAAUUAGCAAUGCGCCAAUCAUUCUUAAUGUGGACUGUGAUAUGUACUCAAACAAUUCACAUUCUGUACGAGACGCAUUAUGCUUUUUCAUGGAUGAAGAGAAGGGCCAUGAGGUUGCUUUUGUGCAGUUUCCACAGAAUUUUAAGAAUGUUACUAGGAAUGAUUUAUAUGAUGCUUUUUUGAGAGUAAGCUCUGAGUUGGAAUUCCAUGGUUUGGACGGUUGUGGAGGCCCUCUAUAUAUUGGAACUGGAUGCUUUCACAGAAGAGACAUUCUAUGUGGGAGGAAAUUCAGUAAGGAAUAUAAGGGUGACUGGAAAAGUGUGAAAGAUAUAAAGAGAGAAGAAAGUGUUCUUGAAUUCGAAGAAAAAUUAAAGGGUCUUGCAAACUCUACCUAUGACAAAAACACUCAAUGGGGAAAAGAGAUGGGAUUGCUAUAUGGGUGUCCGGUAGAAGACGUGAUAACAGGGUUAUCAAUCCAAUGUCGGGGAUGGAAAUCAGUUUACUUCAACCCAUUAAGGAAAGCUUUCUUAGGAGUAGCUCCAAGCACACUCCCUGAUAUACUUGUGCAGCAUAAGAGAUGGUCUGAAGGCGAUCUCCAGAUUUUUUUUUCUAGGUAUAGUCCUGCAUGGUAUGCAUAUGGAAAGAUUAGUUUGGUCCUUCAGAUGGGAUAUUCUGCCUAUUGCCUUUGGGCUCCUAAUUCCUUGGCAACACUAUAUUACUCUGUUAUCCCAUCACUUUAUCUCCUCAGAGGCAUUCCCUUAUUUCCACAGAACUCAAGCCCAUGGUUCAUACCAUUUGCAUAUGUGAUAACUGCUAAGCACAUUUGUGGCUUAGCCGAGUUUCUGUGGUGUGGUGGUACAAUCCUAGGUUGGUGGAAUAGCCAAAGGAUGUGGCUUUACAAGAGAACAAGUUCCUAUCUCUUUGCCUUUAUAGACACCAUUUUAAAAUUACUAGGCUUUGCUGAGUCAGGAUUUGUAAUCUCAACCAAAAUAGCUGACCAAGAUGUGUCCCAACGAUAUGAGAAAGAAAUAAUGGAGUUUGGAACCUCCACUCCAAUGUUCACAAUAUUAUCAACACUUGCAUUGAUCAACUUGGUAUGCUUUGUUGAGGUGUUGAUAGAAGCAUUGAUGGGUAAAGGCAUCAUGAGAGUUUAUGAGACAAUGAGUUUGCAAUUUGUUCUAUGUGGGAUACUGGUUCUCAUCAAUUUGCCUUUGUACCAAGCCCUUUUCCUGAGGAAGGACAAGGGUAAGCUGCCAAGCUCCGUAGCAAUGAAGAUUGGGUUACAGAAAUUUGCUGUGUUAGUAUUGCUGGCACUCUUGUCAAGCCUGCAAACUGUGUUUGGCAUUAGGUUUGUGAUUGAUAGGGAAGAGUGCUUCUCUCACAAUAUUGAAUAUGAGGGGGAUACGCUGCAUAUUUCUUUUGUUGUAAUUAAGGUUGACGGAGCUUGGCAUUAUACUCACGAUGGUGUAGAUCUUGUGGUGAAAGGACCUUCAGGUGAACAGUUACAUGAUUUUCGUGACAAGACAAGUGAGAAGAUUGAGUUUGUGGCUCAAAAUAAAGGAAUCCACCGUUUUUGCUUCACUAAUAAAUCUCCCUAUCAUGAGACAGUAGACUUUGAUGUACAUGUUAGCCAUUUUUCAUACUACGACCAGCAUGCAAAAGAUGAGCAUUUUAAUCCUUUGUUAGAUCAAAUAUCAAAGUUGGAGGAAGCUCUUUACAACAUUCAGUUUGAACAGCAUUGGCUGGAGGCUCAGACUGAACGCCAGGCAAUAGUAAAUGAUGCAAUGGGUCGGAGGGCUGUUCACAAAGCCUUUUUUGAAUCAGCAGCACUUGUUGGUGCCAGCAUUCUCCAAGUUUACCUUCUGCGCCGCCUCUUUGAACGGAAGCUUGGGAUGUCCAGAGUUUAAAUAUGGAAUUGCUAUUGAAUAUUUAUCAUAAGUUAUCAGUUGUAGAAUUUCAAAGUCAGACUCUUGCCUGAAGCUUUUGUUUUCCUUUUUCUUAGUAACCAAGGAGAAGAAAAAACAUACAUAGAAACCAAUUUGCUAACUCUCUGGCAACCUUUCCUUCGAGUAAUGAUUUUCAUGAGGCACAAAUACAUGCAUUUCAGCCCAA